UCGUGAUUUUCCUUUGCCGCGGACAUGACCGGUGCUAUUCUUCUUUUCUCGCUGUUGAUGCCAAUGCUUUUGGACGCAGUUGCACCCCCACGGCGGCCAAAUGUGGUCAUGGUGAUCUUCGAUGAUCUGCGUCCCGUAAUUGGGGCUUAUGGCGAUCCGCUGGCCAGCACCCCAUACCUGGAUAAUUUCGCUCGAGGAAGUCAUGUCUUUACACGAACUUACAGUCAACAAUCUCUGUGUGCACCCAGCCGGAAUUCCCUGCUCACAGGUCGAAGACCUGACACUUUGCAUCUGUACGAUUUCUACAGUUACUGGCGUGCUUUCACCGGAAAUUACACUACUUUGCCGCAAUACUUCAAGGAGCACGGAUAUUACACCUAUAGCUGUGGGAAGGUAUUCCAUCCUGGACUGUCCUCCAACAACACGGAUGACUACCCCCUGAGUUGGUCAGCUCCAGCGUUUCGUCCUCGAACCGAGCAGUUUAUGAACUCGCCGGUUUGUCCAGAUAAAGAGGGAAUUCUCCGGAAGAAUCUCAUCUGUCCGGUAGAGCUGCAAACACAGCCGUACAAGACUCUUCCAGAUAUCGAGUCCGUGGCGGAGGCAUUGCGCUUCCUGGAAUCUCGGAAGAAACACAACCGAGAGCCCUUCUUCUUGGCCAUGGGCUUUCACAAGCCUCACAUUAAUUUUCGGUUCCCUCGGCAAUUUCUCUCAAGAUUUCGACUUUCCCAGUUUUACAACUACACUGAGGACAGUCUGAAACCACCAGACAUGCCGGCGGUGGCAUGGAAUCCCUACACGGAUGUGCGGGCCAGGGAUGACUUCAAGCACUCCAAUAUAUCCUUUCCCUAUGGACCCAUUUCAAGACAUCAGGCUGCUCAGAUACGGCAGGGAUACUAUGCCUCGGUGGCCUAUGUGGAUGAUUUGUUUGGCAAGCUGAUCGGAGGCUUGAAUCUGGACGAAACGGUGGUGGUGGUGCUCGGUGAUCAUGGCUGGUCCUUGGGCGAACAUGCUGAGUGGGCCAAGUACAGCAACUUUGAGGUGGCACUCAGGGUUCCUCUGAUUAUAAGAACACCACAGUUUCCUCUCAGUCAAACAAAGUACUAUCAUGGAAUUACCGAACUUUUGGAUGUUUUUCCCACUUUGGUUGAUCUGGCGGGGCUACCAAAUUUACCAACCUGUCAGGACUCCCAGGAGCUGACCUGCGGCGAGGGCAAGAGUCUGUAUUCUCAGUUAAUGGGUCUGGGGAGAGCUGAUGAGCAUGUGGCCCUCAGUCAGUACCCCAGACCAGGAAUGCUGCCCACUAAACAUCCCAAUAGCGACAAGCCCAAGCUAAAGAAUAUCAAAAUCAUGGGUUAUAGCCUUAGAACUGAUAUCUAUAGGUACACCUUGUGGGUGAGAUUCCACGCACAAAACUUUAGCAGAGACUGGCACGAUGUGUAUGGCGAGGAGUUGUAUGACCAUCGCCUGGAUUCUGGAGAGGAGCUGAACCUGGUACCUCUGCCCGAGUUCGAUGAUGUGCGCCAGCGACUGCGCCGGCGUCUGAUGGAGGUCGUAGGUAGCUAGUGUAGAUCUGAGAUCCUCCAUUCCCCCGGAAUCCCUCUGAUUUUGAAUAAAUUCAUAAGCAAUAAAGGCAGCGCGACAAACGAUCUCGAGACGGCAAAAUAUCUUGUCGCCAUAAUUGGAAUUUAAUACUUCCGGUUGGGCAACAACGUUUGCGAGACGCCCAGACAUUCUGCAUAUUUUUCGCUGUAAUUUCUGCGAUGCCCCCGUCUUGGAGACCGCCACCC